AGCAUGAACUAAAUAUGAAAAUGUAAACUUUGAAAUGUCACAUUUUGUUGGUUAGGUUGUAUAACUUAACCAAACACUCCCUAAAAUCUUUUGAAAUUCUGCUUCUUGCCUCUCUGUAAUAGAGAGGUCCUGCCCUGAGCAGAAGACCUAUAGUGCUCCACAACGGCGAGUCGGCGACCAGGCGACGUAGCCCCGGUGCUCCACAUACGGUAAUCCGACAAGGCGACACUCUCCAAUACGGACAUGAGAGAAAUUGUGACAAUCCAAGUUGGAAGCUAUUCAAACUUCAUUGGUUCUCACUUCUGGAAUUUCCAGGAUGAGUUGCAUGGACUGGCCGAGAGUGAUGAAGUGUUCAAGAAUCAUUCUCUUAAUACUGAUGUGCUCUAUAGGAGUGGUGAAACACAACAGGGACUCCUUACCUAUACCCCUCGAUUGGUUUCAGUUGGUUUUCAAGGGUCUCUUGGAUCUAUGAGUUCAUGUGGAAAUUUGUACAGUGAAAAGCCAUCCCAAAGUUCGGAUGUUCUAACAUGGGCUGGUAAAGUUACAACUCAGGCCUCUGAGCCUUUAAAAAGGAAUCUCUUCUUGCAAAGUUUAUACAUGGAAGAAAAGAAUAUGAAUAUGGUUGAUGGUCCUGAUGGCAGGGAGAGUGACUCCCACAAUGAAAUUCAGGACAAGGACAUUGUUGAAUGUUUAGAAAAUGGUGUCCAGUACUGGACUGACUUCUCAAAAGUUCAAUUUCAUCCCCAAAGUUUGUAUCAAUUAAGCGGGUUAUGGAUGGAUGCUCAAGAAUUUAACUAUGGCAUUGGAAGGGAUACAUUCCACAACCAUCAACGGGGAGAAGAAUUAAAUGAAAGGCUUCGUUUCUUCAUUGAAGAGUGUGAUCAUAUUCAGGGGGUACAAUUCAUAGUUGAUGACUCUGGAGGCUUUUCUGGAUUGGCUGCAGAGUUCUUGCAGAAUAUUGCAGAUGACUAUAGUAAUGUACCUGUGUUGCUGUAUACUGUACGGAGCCCUGGAUCAUUCGCUAAUACUAAAAGCCAGAAGCUAAAUAUAUCACAAAGUCUUCAUAAUGCAGUUUCAUUUUCAAGGCUAGCAUCCUUUUCUAAACUGAUUGUCCCCAUUGGUUUGUCUUCCUUGAGCGCAAGUAAAGCAUCCAGGCGUCUCUGCAUUAAAGAUGAACAGCCCUACUACACCAGUGCAGUUUAUGCCUCUGCACUACAUUCUUUGAGUCUUCCAUUUCGAAUGGAACAUCCGGGUCCCACAGCAGAAUCAAUAUAUGCUUCUGGUGCUUUAAAUAUGUAUGAAGUCAUACACGUGUUAGCAGAUCAAGCUAGGCAGAAUAUGGUUUCUACAUUGGAUGUGUCUAUGCCAGCUCCUUCAUUAACUGGGAACCAGGUUCAGGGGUCUUUGCUUGACAAUUUUGUGUCCUUGACCCCAGAGGUAGAACAAGACAAUGAAGACAUGCAUGCCAUGGAAUGUAUGACAAUUCACGGAGUCCUAGGAUCUGGAAGCCGGAGGGCACCUGUUUAUGAAGUGAAGCGCACAGUUCAGGAUGCUUAUGAGAAAGCAAUUUCAAGGCCCAAAUUCUCACACCUAUCAGUAUCUUGCUGUCCUCUUCCUAUACCAUUGCCUUUUCCUGCCAUCUUUGGGAAUUCCAUUGGCCAACACGGUGAGCUAUUAGAGACACCUAUUACUGAAACCCCAUCAAGGGGGCCCCUUGAAGUCCAUUCCAUACCCAUGGCAUCGAGAUUACGCUCUAGCACUGCCAUUUUACCAUUUUUGGAGAGCAGACUGGAAAACCUUCGGAAGUUGGGUAUCCAGCGAGGAGCAAUUGGGGCACAGGUUCUUGAAAGUUGGGGCUUUGGCAGAGAUGAGGUAGAAGACUUGGGAGAGACACUGUCAAAACUGGUUAAUACACUGAAACCUUAUUCUGACAUAUCCUCUGAUUCUGAUUGAUAUACUGUUCUGCGUGUAUUGUAGUUUGUUUUCUGAUAUCUGCUGAGUUAAUGAAAUUACAGUUGUCAAAGUGCGAAUUCAUUCUAACUUAGUCUCUCCACAUCAAUUUGAUUGUACUCGAGUCUUGAAAUUGAUAAAAUCUAUAUCCAACUAAAGUUCCAAAAGUCA